AUGUCUGAAGAGUCUUCUACUUCAGAAUCAGAAGUUAGUGCAUGUAGUUCAAAUUUUGAUCCUGUUAAAGCUCUUUACUCCGGCAAGAGUAAAGCGCCUAUUGAGAAUGCCCCAAUAUACGACAAUAUUAGUCAAUACGAAGCUUCUCUACAAAAAAAUAGUACGAUAUUACCUGUUGGAAAUAGUGAAUUAGUGAAGAAAAUUAAGGAAGAGAAAGAAAAAAAGAAGUUGGAGGAGGCUAAAGAGUUAGAAGAAAAAAAUAAAAAUCGUUUUGCACAAUAUGAAGGGUUGGUGCCGAAGAGACCGCUGCCAAGUUACAGGACCAAAAACAUCCUCACGCGUAUAGAGAAAAUGGAAGGGCCACUUGCGAUAUUGAAGGAGUGCGUGGACCAAAGAUUGAGAGUGAAGGUGAUAACUCGAUCCGCAGCCGGUAUCAGAGGCGUACUCCACGCGACCCUUGUGGCCUUCGACAAACAGUGGAAUCUCGCUCUAACUGACGUCUUAGAAAUCUGGAAGAAGAAGGCGGUCAAGAAGAGGAAAAUUCCACCGGCGCUGGGUACACCCGUACCGAAAGGUACAGCAGCGGCCUUAUCCUACGUCCCGGUAGUCACGGAGACACCGGUGGGAAAAGGCGUGUUGGAGUGCACGCGGCAUAUACCGCAGAUGAUGGUUCGGGGGGAACAUGUGGUGUUAGUGAACGUAGUAGAACGGUGA